AUGCCUGGCAUCCUACCCAUGAAGGUGAUCAAGGUGGGCAACAGUUCACAGAGCCGCAUCGCCCAGGCAUGCGACCGUUGCCGUAGUAAGAAGAUUAGAUGUGAUGGAGUCCGCCCGACCUGCACACAAUGCGCCAACGUCGGCUUCGAGUGUCGCACAAGCGACAAGCUGAGCCGGCGGGCGUUCCCCCGUGGGUACACUGAAUCAUUGGAGGAGCGUGUACGAGUUUUAGAAGGCGAGGUUCGGGAGCUGAAAGAUCUGCUGGACGAGAAGGAUGAGAAGAUUGACAUGUUGUCAAAAAUGCACGGAAACCACCACCAACACCAGAGCCCCCGCCAACCCUCGAUAUCUCAUUCACCCUCGGCCUCACCGGACUCGAGAAAGGACUCGCCCCCGGCCAAGGAAGACACAUUCCGCAUCCAAGCAUCACCCUUAUUACUCGGCGUCGAGAACUCAGACUCUUACUUCAUGGGCCCAUCAAGUGGCCGAGCAUUUAUUGAGGCAUUUAAGCGCAAGAUGCAGGAGACUGGCAAGCAGUGCACUGAUUUCCACCCUGAAGCCUUUCUACACAUCCAAGGCACUCCUCCUCUGGUCACCGGCGCUGUGGACCAGACAUUUUCUGUCCCCCCUCGUCUGUUCUCAGACCGCUGUGUCAAUGUCUACUUCCAAGAAUGGGCACCACUCUUCCCAGUCCUGCACAAGCCCACAUUCCUGCAUGUCUAUGAGGAUUUCGUUGCCGAUCCCACAAAGAUCAAGUGCAAUUACAAGACUGCUCAGCUGUAUCUUGUCUUCAGCAUUGCUGGGCUGUCAUCUGAGGCUCCUGACCUGCAGCAAGUGGCUACUUGUGAAUAUCAGUGGCUCAAGGCCUUGGACUAUAUUCUGAUGGAGAACACGAUGGGCACACUGCAGUGCCUCAUUCUUGCACUCAUCUACUGCACUAUGCGGGCUGAUUACAAGCGUCUCCAACACUACAAGGGCAUCGCUGUCGGCCUUUCACACAGGCUCGGUCUGCACCAGAGCCAGAAGCGGUUCUCGUUCGGUGCCUUGACCAUUGAAACAAGAAAGAAGGUCUUCUGGACUUUGUACACUCUUGACUGUUUCACUGCCGCCACUCUCGGUCUGCCCAAGCUCCUGAAGGAAGAGGAUGUUCAGGCUGAAUACCCUACCGACACUGAUGAUGAGUAUGUCACAGAGAAGGGUUUCCAGCCAACCCUUCCUGGAGAAUUCACUCGUCUCUCCAGCGCGCUCGCCCUGUUCCGAGCCACCCGCAUCCUUGCCCGCGUCUUGGAAAAGAUUUACCCCGCAACCUCAACACAUGAGCUCUCUCUUCAACAGAUGGAGGCCCUCGAGGCUGACCUCGAGACUUGGUACCGUGAUCUGCCCGGCCAUCUGCGAUUGAACUUUGUCCAGGAUAAGCCGUCGACAGAUGUGACUGGCAGCCGGUCGCCUCUUCUGGCCCUGGCAUACAACUUCAUCCGAACACUUAUCUGGCGCCCUGCCGUUGGCUCUGCUCUCGGACAGAAGGCAGCGCCCGCACUCAUGGCUAUCGCCGACUCCAGCAAGCGCACUAUCCAAAUCGUUCAGCUCCUGGAGGAGCGCAACAUGAACUUCUCAUUCUGCCUUAACAAGACCGACUUGCUGAUUACCUGUGGCAUGACUCUCUUGUACCAGGUCAUUGACCUGAAGCCAGACAGCAGAAUCAUGCGAGAGUAUGAGCGUCUGAUUAACUCGGUCAUCAAGAUCGUCGAGCGCCCCAAGGCCCCUGGUUCUUGGGACUUCAAGCGAGUUUCCGGCAAACUUAUCGCAGUUGACGAGCCUCUUGCCAGCAGCCCAACCAUGCAGACCUCACCCCGGGAGGUUUCCAUGCCAGCUCCUUCGCAACGCGCUUCGCCUUCCGUCUCCCACCUAAGACAGCCCUCCGCUUACAGCCCGCUCGGAAGACAUCCCGAGGCUUCGCAGAGCGAGAGCGACCUGCAUGAUCACCACGAGAGAGCCAGGCGGAUGACCCUUCCCAGUGCUGCUGGCCAGCGACCGGACUUGUACUCCAGCCCUCGCCCAUCAACAGAAACACCCGAGAACGCCAUGGCCCAGCAAAGCCAGCGGGUCUCGAACCCUUCCAAGGCGAAGCGCCGACAGAGCUCCUCAACCACAGCCUCGCGUCACAACCUGGACUACCUCUCACUAAAAGCUACCCAAAAUGAGUCAAGAGCCAUCUCGCCAUCUCGCAACCGAAUGCACCCUCCUGUGUCUAUGCCGCAACAAGGCCACCCAGCCAUGAUCAACGGUCAACUGCCAAUCAAGAUGGCCUCGCCUGCUACCAGUGCCGAAUGGGAGGUUCUUCUCGGGCAAAUGGACGGGGGACUUAACAAUGUCUACGAUGCUAUCUACGGUGGGCAGAGCUUCCACGCUGACGUACCUGUCUCGACGGGAGCUCAACAACCCAGCGACUGGUCACCCGACUCGUGGGACCUGACCAGCUUCAACAUCGGCGACUACGGCACCGGGCCAGCGGCGCCUCAAAGCGUCCUUAGCCUAAGUGAUGAGAGCCUCACCUCAGGCGAGGAUGUCGCUCCCUCGGAGUUGGGACUUAGCAUGGGAAAUGUGGAUUACGGUAACAGCAUGAUGUCAGCGAACACGACGAAUAAUGAAGGAUAUAUCCUGGAUAAUCUGAACGGGUUUUAA